GUCUGGUCACAUCAUUUAUAUUUGAAGGCUGUGGUCACACUGAGCUCGAAUUGAACAAUGGGCGGACAUCACGGAGAACCCUACAAGGUGCCACAUCCUUCCAUCUACAAGGUGGAAAAUGUACCACAAUUGCUUGAAGUUAAAGAAGCUUUGGGUCGUCAGGGCCUGAAGGAUCCCUGGCUGAGAAACGAGGCUUGGCGCUAUGAGCCGAAGGCUUUUGGCACUCAUGCAUCCCGCCUGAACACUAUGCUUUUCCGCGGCCUGGGAGUGGGAUUCUGUGCUUUCCUGGUCACCAUUGGUGUCGAGUAUGCUCUGGGCAUUGGCAAGGGCCAAGGUGGUCACGGGCAUGGCGAUCAUGGUCACGACGAUGACAAGAAGCAUCAUUAGUUGAAAUGUUUAAUAAAUACAAAAAUUUAACUCUGUAA